GCAGUGGCAAAUAAUGGUGUGGGGUAGGGCCCACAAAUGAUAGAUUGAACGAUCAAAUUAGAGUAGACUCAUUUCCCAAGCUAAAAAAGCUGAAGCAAAGGACCACUCACAAGCCACCACCACGAUUCCCCAGCCACGUUCUAUUAUUUAAUAUGGGUUAGCCUUGUUGUAGUACGCAAUUCUGUUCCCGUACCUGAUCAUAUCUUUUACCUUCUGCUAUCUCCCUUUCAUGUUGUAUUUACGCUUCUAAAACACCACAAACGUUCUCUGUCAUUUGUCUCUUUCAAUACGCAGAAUCCAUAAAAUAUGCGAAAUAACAUUUGCCCUAGUCAAAGUUCAAAGAUAUCUGCCACCCACCAAAUACAAUUCUUUAAUUUCUUCUUUCUUCCUAUAAAGGACCUGCCUUUCUUUUUUCUUUCUUUCUCUCUGAAGACUUGAAAUUGUUUCAGUUUGAAAUGGAGAGACUGCCGUCAGAUGAUGGAAGGAGAAGGAGACUGGUGCGGAUGCAGUGCCCACCACCCGGACGUGUUUUAGCUGUGCCACCCAUGGUGAGAGCACCACCACCCAACCAGGCAAAGCUAGCAGCAAUAGCAGUUGAUUUGAAUAUACGAUUGAGAUCAGCUGAGAUGCCUGGUGCUAUGCAGGAGCGUGCGUUUCGGUGCACUAGAGCAGUCCUUGACGCAAAUCUCGAGAAGAAACUCAAUCCUACUCAUAUUGCAAUGUGUCUCAAGAAGGAGUUUGAUGCGGUGUAUGGACCGGCAUGGCAUUGCAUUGUGGGCAAGAGUUUUGGUUCAUUUGUGACUCACUCCAGUGGUGGAUUUGUGUAUUUCUCUGUGGACAAGCUUUCUUUUCUUCUUUUCAAGACAGAGGUCAGGCCAGUCCGGAAGCCACUUCCUCUUCCUCCUCCUUUGCUCAAGCUUAAUAUUAAUGAUUGAAAUUCUUACCAUUUAAUGUGAAAUUUAUUUACAGAUUGUCUUAGAACUAACGGCAUGAAAAUUUAUGCUAAAUAUUAUUACAGGGCUUUGGCAAUUAUGCUAGAAAUGAAAUCAGUUUCAUGUUAA